AACCAGAUCGCCAGAGAUCAGUUUAACUUGACUCGGCCAGCUAAAAGAAACUUGAAGCUGUGUUCAGUUUUUUCAAACAAGUGAAGAAUAUUUGCAAUAAUUAAUAUUGUACAGUGUACACGAAGCAGAGCAAAGCGAUACGCACGAAAUGGAUUACACCAAACAAAAUGGUCAUAAGACUUUUACGUUGCUGAUUUGUGCAGCGUUCAUGUUACUGAGUGCAGUUCAGUUAGCAUCUAGUUGCAAUGAGAUGGUUUGUGCUAGCAUAGUCUCAAAAUGUAUGCUAACGCAGAGCUGUAAAUGCGACAUGAAGAACUGUACUUGCUGCAAGGAAUGCGCUGAUUGUCUGAGCUAUCUGUACACCGAAUGUUGCAGUUGCCUUGAGAUGUGUCCUAAACCCAUUGAAACCUCUAGUGAAUUAUCAAAACAAUCGCACAUCGAAGACCUAGAAGGAUUCACGAACCUGUACAAUGUAAUAACAUCAGAACAAGAUCCACAAGGCCGUUGGAAAGUGAUCUCUUUUCCGAUUGAUAUCGAUGCUGCGUUAUAUGGACCGAAGGCUGAUAGUGGUACUAAAUAUGUCGUUCAUUCAACAGACAUGGAUAUAAAACAAAAGUUUGAAGAUCCCAACAAGAUCACUGUAAACUGCACGGUUGCCUAUCAAGCACAAUGCAUGUCAUGGAAUAAGUGCAAGCAAAGCUGUUCAACAAUGGGUGCAAGUAGCUAUCGUUGGUUUCACGAUGGGUGUUGCGAAUGUGUUGGACAAUAUUGCAUAAACUACGGCAUUAAUGAAUCACGUUGCCGCGAUUGUCCUGAAAACAAGGAGCACGAUCUGGAUGACUAUGCAAAUGAAGACGAACUGGACUACGGCGACAGCAUAGGGCCACUUGAUAACUCUGCAGUUGAGUCCACUAACAUAUGAAUCGUGAUUGUGUUACUUAUCCUCUUUACUAUAUGCUAUAUGCAAAUUAUGUUUUGUGGUUGAAUAGUUUUGUUGAAACGUGGGUGCGAUUUGAAAGCUUUACUCGUCUCGACUACACUGUGUAAAGUAAUUAGGGAUCAUUGAAAUUAGGCUUUGGUGCCAUGAAGUGCCAUCGAUCGCAUCAUUCGUAAUGUCUUGUCAUAUCUAAAUACUAAAUACAAUCAAAAGUGUUGGCAUGUAGAAUUAAGAUUCCAUAAGAAUGAUACAAACAACAGCGCCUAACCAAGGGUACUUCAUCGUUUUGUAUGUGCGUAAUAUUUCACAAAAUUUGGAAUAUGAUUAGACAGGAAAGCUAAAAUUACAUAUUCAAUUCGACGAUUAAUUACAAUUCAACAAACUGAAUGCGAAAUCGAUUUUUUGUCUAGCAAUGUCAGCUGAUAAAAUUGAAAAAGGAUGGGAAAAAUAUCUAAAUCUACAUGGGUUUUCAUACCAAUAUUGAACCAAUUGGAUUGUAAUGCUAGACAUUUUUAAAUGCGAAAGUAAAGCUACGAGUCUUCUCCUCAUUUUUGAUAGUAUGAUAUCUCUUAAUUCGUAUGUUUACCGUCAUCUUUAUAAGGAUCGCAAAGAUACACAUUGAAAACGGAAAUCAUUCGUCCCGUCAAACUCAGCUCCGUGUGAAGAAAAAAAGAAAGCACAGUUCGUUUUUACAAAUCCAUUUCCCGUGAAGUAACAUUGAUCACCGACAGAAGACGGUGAUAUUAUAAAUCGUUUUAAAUAUGUUAGUGGGAAUAUGAAUGAAAAUACAGGAUUCAUUUAGCAUGUAAAUUAAUAUUACCAAUCAAAAUUCAAUAUGUUUGUAUCUUUAGAAUAAAAGAAUAUUGAUUUUAUCAUAGAUAAGGAAGAUGCAAAGUAUAUCAAACAAUAAACGC